AUGCAACUUAUUAAGUUAUUAUUGACAAUUUCUUUUUCGUUAAUUGUAUCAUCUGCCCAUAACGUUUUAUUACCACCAUAUGGUCGUAGAUGCUUUUUUGAAACUAUGUCAAAAGGUGAUGAAUUCGCUGUUUCAUUCCAAUUCGGUGAUAGAAAUCCUUCUUCUGAACAUCAAUUAAAUGGUGAUUUUAUAGUUUAUGGUCCAAACAGAAACGAAGUUUUAAAAUCAUUAAGAGGUGUCUCUCAUGGUGAUGUUUCAUUAAGCAUUCCAUAUGAUGGUCAAUUCCAAUAUUGUUUCUUAAAUGAAAAUUCAAAUGUUGAUUCUAAAGAUGUCACCUUUAAUAUUCAUGGUACUGUUUUUGUUGAUUUAAACGAUCCUGAAAGUGAUACUUUAGAUAGUGCCAUUAGACAUUUAAAUAAAUUAGUCCAUGAAGUUAAAGAUGAACAAGGUUAUAUUGUCAUUAGAGAAAGAACUCACAGAAAUACCGCCGAAUCUACAAAUGACCGUGUUAAAUGGUGGUCUAUUUUCCAAUUGGGUGUCGUGAUCGCCAAUUCAGUUUUCCAAAUCUAUUACUUAAAGAGAUUCUUCGAAGUCACCUCUUUAGUUUAA